AGUGGUUUUCCCAACUUCGAGUCGCGCCGUCGUUCAACAAACUUCGUGAGUUUCAACGACGAAAAGAUUUCCUGCUGAAAGUUUGGAAAUGUCAGACGCGAUGGUUUUGAUGAGGAUAAUAGAUAUAUUUCGGAAAUGAUAGAGUUGUUUUGUGCGGCAUGGUGGUGAAUCACCAGAACUAGAGUUUAUCGUUUCUCUGCGAUUCAUGUCGCAGGCGAAAACUUCGGAUAACUUACGGAAUGAUAAAUAAGAUGUGGCAUGGAACCGAGAAAGAGGAAUCCAACUGUGGAAGAAACAGAUAACUAUGAUCCGUAUGAGAAUAGGCAACCAAAAAGACCAUUAUCAAAUUUUGAGGCCUUUAUCCUUCUCACGAAAGGUAUAGUUGGUGUGGGAUUACUAUCCUCACCCCUAAUCUAUAAAAAAGGAUAUCUGACUGGAAUUCUAUACACAUGUAUUAUAGGAUUCUUGAUAACAUAUUGUCUGCAGAUCCUGUUCCGUUCUCAAUAUAGACUGUGUAGACGUUUGAAGGUUCCAGUAUUGUCUUAUUCAGAAUCAAUGAAGAAGGCGUUGCAGUUUGGCCCACCACGCUUGAGAGUGCUUCAUAGAUAUGCACCAUUCAUCGUGGAUAGUUCAACACUUCUAGGCCAGUUUGCGCUUUGUACAUCGUAUGCUGUAUUCAUUCUCCAAACAUUCGGGUUUUUAGAGAUUUAUACUGCCUGGUGGAGUUUUGGUUUUGAGAGAUAUAUGUAUUGCUUGAUAUUGAUAAUACCAUUUGUUGUGAUUUUCUAUAUAGGCAAUUGGAAAAUUGCAGUUUACGUAUCCAUUGUGGCAACAUUGGCGUAUGUUGCAUCCAUUGCCAUCGUAUUCUCCUAUGUUCUUAAGGAUCUGCCACUUCUUCGCAAUCGAAAAAUGAUCGGAGAUAUUAACCAAUUUCCAAACUUCUUCGGUCCUGUGCUAUUUUCACUACAAGGAGUCUCAGUGCUGUCCACAUUUGAGAAACAUCUCAAAUCUCCUAAACAGUUCGUGAGUUCUUGGGGUACCAUGAAUAUUGGUAUGAUAUUGAUGACAAUUUUAUAUAUACUUGUAGGAUUUCUCAGUUUUUGGAAAUAUGGAGAAAGAUCCAUUGGUGAUGUAUUGAACGAUUUACCUCUGGAAGAUACGCCAUCAAUAUGGUGCAGAUGUUUAUACACUUUUGCCAUUUAUCUUUCUUAUGGUCUACAUGGUUUCGUUCUAGUCGAUAUAUUCUGGAUGAAGACAGCUCGAGGUUUCGACAUAACAUUCAAACAUUUUUUCAGGAUAGCUUUUGUUGUUGGAUCAACUCUUAUUAUUAUCUUCGUCCCGUUCAUCAUUAGAACUGUCAUUGUGGAUGCGUUAUAUGCCCUUUCAUUGCCAAUUCUCGGGAUCGUUUUACCAGCACUGAUGGAAUUUUGUAUCGAGUGGCCAACCCAUCACAACAAUAGAAGUUUUGUACUCUGGAAGGAUACUUUUCUCAUUGUCCUUGGACUAGCAGACACAUUUGUUGGUUUAUAUUUCGGCGUUACGCAACUCAUUCAGUUCUUCUCAAUACACAAAAAUGUCAUAUUCUGGUGAUUUUGAAGAAAUUUAUAUAUUAUAUAUAUGAAAUCAUUUUGUACUUAAUCUUAAUAAUAAAUAAUUUUUCACUUA